AUGUUCCCGUGUGAGGAAGGACAUUUGACGUUCCAUCGGACCAGCCGGCCGCAACCUCCUUCCAAUGGUACUGGUGGAGAGUCGGACCGUUGUCAGAACAUUGUUGGGUACAGUUUGCUGGACAGUGCUGGAGACGGGCGUGACCGGCCGGCUGUGUGGAGUGUUGUGGAGGGUGGCCCGACAUUGGAGAGAGCUCCUCUGCUUUGGGUCGUCAUGACGACAGGAAUGUACACAGCCAUGAGUUUGCUAGCCCCCCUUCUUCUUCUGCUCCCCCUGGCGUCUGGGUGUGGUCGGGGUGUCAUCCACAUCAAGGACAACGAGUACCGGGGGAUGCUGAUCGCUAUAGAGGAAUCGGUGCCGGAGGACUACUCGCUCAUAGAGAAACUGCAGAGCAUAUUCACCAACGCGUCAAAGUACCUGUACCAAGUUACACACCAGCGAGCAUAUUUCGGUGACGUCACCAUCCUGGUCCCCAAGUCGUGGUCCGACAGGCCGCAGUAUGAGCCACAGACCAAGGAGACUGUAGACAAAAGCGAUAUUCUUAUUGACCAAGCAGAUGACAGAUUCAGCUAUGGCAACCGACCUUUCGUAAUAAAGACGACACCUUGCGGCGAGUUGGGGCACUACAUGCACCUGACCCCAGCGUAUGUCCUGAACGACACAGCUGCUGAUCUGUACGGCCCUUACGAUAAGACCAUCAUACAUGAGUGGGGACAUCUCAGAUACGGGGUGUUUGACGAGUACCCGGAUGAAAAGUCUUCGCAGCAGUUUUAUGCAGCGAGUCGCUUCUAUGACGUUGUCCGGCAGACGGAGGGGUGUCGAUACCAGGUCGGACUUCCGGACAGCAACUGCCGGUUCCAGCCCUACACAGAAAACACAGGGGAAAAGUACGGCUCUCUGAUGUACUCACAGCAGCUGCAGCAUAUCGUCCACUUCUGUGACAACGACCCGUCCUCCCCGCUGACCCUCCACAACCGACAGGCCACAAACAAACAGAACCAGAUGUGUGACGGUCGGAGUGUGUGGGAGGUGAUGAGAGAGCAUGGCGAUUUCGAAAAGAACUUCAACCCUCCCCGCAACGUGACAUCGACAGUGCCGACGUUCCGACUGGUCAAGGAGAGCACCAGACGGACUGUAUUGGUGCUGGACACGUCCGGGAGCAUGGAAUCUUUCGGAAGAAUCUCCAAACUCGCCAGGGCGGCAUCCAACUACAUCUCUCGGGUCCUCGAGGACGGGGAACAACUUGGAAUUGUCUGGUUCAACCGGUACGCCACCAUCAAGUCUCGUCUGCUCGUUGUUAACAACGUGACGAGGACUGAACUUCUACAAAAUGUUCCAAGAACUGCUAGUGGAGCAACUAGCAUCGGAGACGGCAUCUUGAAGGGUCUGGAGGUUCUCGCAUCUACCCAGGGUGGGAACAUGAUCCUGUUGUCGGACGGAAUUGAGACCCACCCUCCCUACAUCCGGGACGUCAUUCAACAGAUUGUCGAUGCUAACGUAACGGUUGAUACGAUCGCUGUGAGCGCCAGCGCUGAUGAACAGCUGGAGAUGUUGGCACAGACGACGGGCGGCAUCAGCUUCUUCCAGUCCGACAGCGACAUCUCCAACGCUCUCAAUGAUGCCUUCAUAGCUUCCUCUGAGCGGGGCAAAUGUAGGUUCAAAUGUACUUGGCUUGCCCCUGCGGCAUCCAACUACAUCUCUCGGGUCCUCGAGGACGGGGAACAACUUGGAAUUGUCUGGUUCAACCGGUACGCCACCAUCAAGUCUCGUCUGCUCGUUGUUAACAACGUGACGAGGACUGAACUUCUACAAAAUGUUCCAAGAACUGCUAGUGGAGCAACUAGCAUCGGAGACGGCAUCCUGAAGGGUCUGGAGGUUCUCGCAUCUACCCAGGGUGGGAACAUGAUCCUGCUGUCAGACGGAAUUGAGACCCACCCUCCCUACAUCCGGGACGUCAUUCAACAGAUUGUCGAUGCUAACGUAACGGUUGAUACGAUCGCUGUGAGCGCCAGCGCUGAUGAACAGCUGGAGAUGUUGGCACAGACGACGGGCGGCAUCAGUUUCUUCCAGUCCGACAGCGACAUCUCCAACGCUCUCAAUGAUGCAUUCAUAGCUUCCUCUGAGCGGGGCAAAUCUGCCCGUCAGAGAGUCCUACAGCUGGUCAGCCAAUCGUUUCUCCUACAACCAGGGGAGAGCUAUACUGACGUCAUCUUCUUUGACUCCUCCAUCGGUGUCAACACCGACAUCUCCAUCGGCUACAACACUACAGUCCCAGUGGUUGUCAUGGUGACCCCUGGCGGCCAUGUACUGAACUCCUCGUCCCCGGAAUAUACCAACGAGGCAUCCUUCAACACGUCCAACUUCCACUUCAAAGACUACAUGGAGACGGGAGGUCUUGCUGUGAACAUCACCAACACACAUGAGGAGGUCCAGGUGAUGGCCUUCACCGUGUCAUCACGUGUCAGACAAGGGCAACAGGCACCCAUUCUGGCGCAUGCGCAGUGGGGCAAAUCAAGUGUUGCCUUCCCGCUUUUCCAGAAUCUCUAUAUCAGCGUGUCACAGGGGUUAUCCCCCUUACUGAAAGCGACGGUGAAGGCUACACUGGAACAACCAGGAUUGACGUCCGGGGAGGUGACAAGCGUUCCUCUCAUGGUCAGGGACAACGGCGCAGGCGCUGAUGCGACCAAGAAUGAUGGCAUCUACUCGGCUUUCGUCACCAACUUCACCAACAAUGGCCGCUACUACGUCACCGUAACUGUCAACGACAAUGCAGCCACUGUGGUUGCUACUGAUCGGGUGGUAGGUGUUGGGGCAGCGGUGGGGGAUGUCGGCGGGAGGAUGGAGCACACACACCAGAACGUGGGGCACUUCCAGAGGUCAACGUCCGCCGGAUCCUUCAGUCUCACAGGCUUCGCUCCCGGCAGUGACCUGUACCCCCCAUGCAAGAUCUCCGAUCUCCAGGUGACCGUUGUAGGGUACAAGGAGGUCCGGCUGGAGUGGACGGCGCCCGGAGACGAUCUCGACUCUGGCACAGCUGCCGGAUAUGAACUGUGGAUGAGUACCGAGUUUGACCCACUGUAUGACAACCACACGCUGACCACACCAGUGACCGGAGACAUGGUGAUUGAGGGAGAUCUGGCCAACCCAGCGGCGUCCGGGACGGCAGAAUACAUCGUUGUCAAACUCGAUAGGGACGGUGAUGUGACGUAUUAUUUCACCAUCCUUGCGACCGAUGACGUAGAACAGCGAGGACAACGUUCCAACAUCGUCAGCGUCUCCAUGAAGCACGUGCAGCGGCCCGAUGACGUAGACGUGGCACUGAUUGCUGGGAUAGUGACGGCCGUCUGUGUGUCGGUGGUAGUCGUUGCCGUCAUCGUAGGCGUUGUGAUGUACCGGAAGAAGAGACGGGGAUUCAUAGUGACCAUCAGGAAGAAGUACCUGGGCUGAUAUUAUUAAUGUUGUCUUGUAACUGAAUCUAAGCAUUUCCUGAAACAGGCCUGGCUUUCACGAAAUCGGUAAAUAACGGGUCCGGUUUUUAACGAAUAUCCUUCUGCAUCUUCGAUGGCGAUUAACUUAUAAACGUCAUCGUCUUUUGGUGGUGCAAAACCAACUGUCUGGAAGUCUCGGAGCUCCCAAAGUAAUACAAAUACCCACAAAACCAACAGUCUGGAAGUCUCGGGGUUCCCGAGGGAAAAACCUGUUUUUGAAGUGAGAAGCUGUUUCAAUAUUUAUGGUAUUGUUGCAAGUUCAUUCCCAAGUUGAAAGAUAACUCGGACAUCAGUAGGUACAUAACUGAAGUGUGGAAUAAGUAACCACACUAGAUUAAUGAACAAUCAACAAAUCACACUGAAAUAUGUAGGAUUUGGUUUAAAGGCAAUAAAAUGACUCAAAAAAUUAGCAGUAGAAAA